GCCCCGUCCCGCCCGCCUCGCCGCCGCUGAGCGCAUGGGCCGCGCCGCGCCGCUCCGCGAGCAGGGCCGGGGCCCUGCCGUCGCCGCCGCCGACGCGCGCGGGACAGAUUGAUUCACUUUGGAGCUGUAAGUACUGAUUAUUAGGGUGCAGCGCUCAUUGUACAGUGACGCAGGAUCCCACAAUGAGUAUCCAAGAGCAGGGUUUCCCUUUGGACCUUGGAGCGAGUUUCACCGAAGAUGCCCCCCGACCCCCAGUGCCUGGUGAGGAGGGUGAACUGGUGUCCACAGACCCCAGGCCCGUCAGCCACAGCUUCUGCUCCGGGAAGGGUGCCGGGGUUAAAGGUGAGACUUCAGCAGCCACCCCGAGGCGCUCGGAUCUGGACCUGGGGUAUGAGCCUGAGGGCAGCGCCUCCCCCACCCCGCCAUACUUGAAGUGGGCUGAGUCGUUGCACUCGUUACUGGACGAUCAAGAUGGGAUAAACCUGUUUAGGACUUUCCUGAAGCAGGAGGACUGUGCUGACCUGCUGGACUUCUGGUUCGCCUGCAGCGGCUUCAGGAAACUGGAGCCCUGUGACUCGAAUGAGGAGAAGAGGCUGAAGUUGGCCAAAGCCAUUUACCGCAAAUACAUCCUCGAUAACAACGGCAUCGUAUCCAGGCAAACUAAGCCAGCUACCAAGAGCUUCAUAAAGGACUGCAUCAUGAAGCAGCUGAUAGAUCCUGCCAUGUUUGACCAGGCCCAGACGGAGAUCCAGUCCACCAUGGAAGAAAACACCUACCCCUCCUUCCUCAAGUCUGAUAUUUAUUUGGAAUAUACGAGGACAGGCUCGGAGAGCCCAAAGCUCUGUAGCGACCAGAGCUCUGGGUCGGGGACAGGGAAGGGCAUACCUGGAUACCUGCCCACUUUGAAUGAAGAUGAGGAAUGGAAGUGUGACCAGGACCUGCACGAAGACAGCGGCAGAGACCCUGCUCCCCCCGGCAGGCUCACGCAGAAGCUGCUUCUGGAGACGGCUGCCCCGCGGGCCUCCUCAAGUAGACGGUCCAGCGAAGGCAGAGAAUUCAGGUGCGGGUCCUGGCGGGAGCCUGCCAACCCCUACUACGUCAGCUCCGGCUACGCCCUCGCCCCGGCCACCAGUGCCAACGACAGUGAGCAGCAGAGCCUAUCCAGUGAUGCCGACAGCCUGUCCCUCACCGACAGCAGCGUGGAUGGAGUCCCGCCGUACAGGACCCGUAAGCAGCACCGCCGGGAGAUGCAAGAGAGCGUCCAGGUCAACGGGCGGGUGCCCCUACCUCACAUCCCUUUUUCCAUUUUCAGAAGCACAGCCGUGCAGCCUAGAGGCUCUUUUCCAGAACACCUGAGCUUGGGGGCAGGCAUCCGCCGCAGGGCCGAGCCUCGCACGCGUCCUCACUCCACGUGGCGCACUUACCGAAUGCCAAAGGAAGUCCGCGUGGAGCCCCAGAAGUUCGCCGCGGAGCUCAUCCACCGCCUGGAGGCCAUCCAGCGGACACGGGAGGCCGAAGAGAAGCUGGAGGAGCGGCUGAAACGCGUCCGGAUGGAGGAAGAAGGUGAGGAUGGUGACAUGCCCUCUGGUCCCCCGGGGGCCACUCAUAAGCUGCCUUUGGCCACAGCCUGGCACCACUUCCCGCCCCGCUAUGCAGACAUGGGCUGCGUGGGUCUGCGGGACGCGCACGAGGAGAACCCUGAGAGCAUCCUGGAUGAGCACGUGCAGCGGGUCAUGAGGACGCCGGGCUGUCAGUCGCCGGGGCCCGGCCACCGUUCCCCUGACAGCGGGCACGUGCCCAAGAUUGUGGGGGUCCUAGGGGGCGUGCCCCCUGGGCACAGUAAGCACGCACCUAAGUCCGGGGUGAAGCUGGACGCAUCCGGCCCUCACCUGCACAGGCACGGCCACCACCACAGUCACCACGGGGCGGCCAGGCCCAAGGAGCAGGCCGAGGCUGAGGCCACCCGCCGUGUCCCGGGCAGCUUCUCUUGGGUCCCGGAGCUGCACGGCCACACAGCCAAGCCCCGUAGCCACUCAGAGAGCGUGGGCACCGCCCCCAAUGCCAGCGACAGCCUGGCCUACAGCGGGAAGUCUGGCACUGCCUCCAGAAGAAACGCCAAGAAGGCGGAGUCAGGGAAGAGUGCGGGAGCCGAGGUGCCUGGCCCCUCGGAAGACGCGGAGAAGAACCAAAAGAUCAUGCAGUGGAUCAUCGAGGGGGAGAAGGAGAUCAGCCGGCACCGCAAGGCUGGCCACGGGUCUUCUGGUGCCAAGAAGCAGCAGGUGCAUGAGAGCCCCAGGCCCUUGUCCGUGGAGCGUCCCGGGGCCGUGCACCCUUGGGUCAGCGCUCAGCUUCGCAACUCCGUCCAGCCCUCUCACCUCUUCGUUCAAGACCCCACCAUGCCACCCAACCCAGCCCCCAACCCUCUGACCCAGCUGGAGGAGGCCCGCAGGCGCCUGGAGGAGGAAGAGAAGAGAGCCAGCAAAUUACCCUCAAAGCAGAGGUAUGUGCAGGAGGUCAUCCAGCGGGGGCGCUCCUGUGUCAGGCCAGCGUGCACACCUGUGCUGAGCGUGGUGCCAGCCGUGUCCGACUUGGAGCUCUCGGAGACAGAGUCGAAGUCGCAGAGGAAGGCGGGCAGUGGGAGCGCCCAGCCGUGUGACAGCAUCGUGGUGGCCUAUUACUUCUGCGGGGAGCCCAUCCCGUACCGGACCCUGGUGCGGGGCCGAGCCGUCACUCUGGGCCAGUUCAAGGAGCUGCUGACGAGGAAGGGCAACUACAGAUACUACUUUAAGAAGGUGAGCGACGAGUUCGACUGCGGCGUGGUGUUUGAGGAGGUUCGGGAAGAUGAGGCCGUCCUGCCGGUCUUUGAGGAGAAGAUCAUCGGCAAGGUGGAGAAGGUGGACUGACCCGCCAGCCGGGCCUCCGCGCCAGGCUGGGCCCUCGUCGGGCAGGGGCCAGGGUGGCCUCCGAGGGUCCUGUGGGUCACCUGCUUGGCGUGUAUGCAGACAACACAACUACUGGCAGAAGGCCACCCGCCUCUUCGGGCCGUCUGUGUCCGGACGGGCAGGGGUCCCUCUGCGGGUCCCACGGGCCUCUGUCCUGCAGCUGACGAGGAGGGUGCGCGGUCCACUCCUCAGCAAUACUCGGUCCGCCUGGGCGGGGAGCCCGCCCCGGGGCCACCUCGACCGCCCUCCGUGUCGCCCUGCUGCUGACCGUGGGCAGGCCCGCCCGCUCCUCGCCCCGUGCUCACACUGCAGGCUCCGCCCCUCCCCCUGGGACUCGUCCGCCACGCCCUGCCCCGGGCCGGGGGGGCCGGGGGGGCCGGGGGGGCCUCUGUAAAUUGUACAUGUCACCGAGUGCCUUCAACACAGCUCGUCUCUUGCCUGCCACUGUGUGGAUCCGGCGCCGGAGCCCGGAGCGCUCUCCCUCCUCCACCCUCCGUUUCCAGAGCGCGGGCUCAGCGGGUCCCAGCCCCCCCCCCCCCCCCCCGCCACCCACCUCCCCUUUAAGGGCCCGUGUAAAUAUGUACAUUUCUCAGGCCAGGGCCAGCGGGGUGGAGGGGGCUGCCCCAGCCCAUUUCUCAUGCGCUGACUUGUACAAUUAUCUUUUCAAAGGUACUUGGAUAAUAAUGGAAUAAAAUCCUUUUUGAACCUUC